UUGAAGCGCCCGUAUACGUAAGAAUGUAAUCGGCUCGGCGAGAACUACUCCGGCCGUCGCUCGCACGUCCCGUGGAAUUCAUCGUUUCUGCCGUGGUGGCACGCGAGAAAUCGUAAUAAUCAUAGUCGCGGGGGAUGGGAGGGCACACGUCGCGCCCGAUUCGCGCGCGAGAAGUACGUCUCAGCCCUUAAACGAGGGGAAAGAGUGCCGUCGAGGACGAAGACGGUACCGCCGAACCCCGAGAUCGAUCCCCCUCGUUCACGCGCAUCCCGGACCGCAUUUACAGUACAAUCGUGCUGUCAGCUUCGGUUAUUAUUGACCGUAAGACGAGGUAUUGAUCGGCUUGUUCCCUUGAGUGACGUGCAACGUGGUAUCGAAUCGGUGCUCGGCAGCGAAUUCGGCACUAGAAUCGAUAGUCUACGCGAGCCUGUCUGUCUCUCCGAUUUCGCCACCCGCGUCUGCCGCGAGCAGCGGUAUAAAAUUUAUAUUUGAUCGCUACGUGACUUGGUGACUGGAAUCCGCUUAUCUCUCCCCGCUGCUCGUUCCAUUGAAUAGUAUUACUGCAAUGGUAUUACUUGCGCGCCGAGCUUAUAUCGGGCUCUAAUGGCAGGCGAUCGGCUCCACGGAACGAAACCGGGUAUUCAUUGAUGCCGGUAAUGCACGCGGCUCGACUGUAUACGAGCCACGCGCGGUGUCCUGGCAUCGGCACACCUAUUACACCGUCAACUACGUACUACAACGGCAUCGUAUCUCCCGCGGGAAGAGCGAUAUUCUGUUAAAUCGAUAACGAAUGAUGACAGAACCACGUGCUGCGGCAUGCGACUUGUACCAAGUCGCUCCUGGCCCUAUUUUGGCAUUCGAUAUUCGAAGCUGGCAUGCCUGAAGAGUAUACGCGUCACGUUGCGUCGGGAUAUCGUCGGGAUACAGCCGCGCUGUACGAUCCUUUGUUUCUCUUUCCCUCCUCCCCCGUCCGUCGGGAGGCCGGGAUAGGAUAUACUUAAAUGGCGCAGGAAGUUCCUGAGACAACGUACGAGCCGGAAGUCGAAGAAGACGCGAGGAGAAAGCGCGAGCGCCGUGUUGUUCAGGAGGGCACGGCGUUAUGGAGGCGACGGAAGGAGGAGCUGCAACGUCAAAAGCACCGCGAGCAACGUGAACUACAGGAAAUUCUGGCCAAUUACUCGCCGUGGGGUAAACCAGGUGGCGGCGCACCCUGCGCGGCUACUCUGAGAAAGAAAAACGUGCCUCUGGAGCCGCUCGAGCCGCCGGGAUAUCACAGUUUCGGUCAGCUGGUGCAUCCUUCGCCGUGGGGACGGCCUGGUCCUGGCGGAGCUCCUUGGAGGGAUCCCAAGUCGCUGGGUGUGCGCUUCCUCGAAUCCAUGGGUUGGACGAGCAACUCCACGAUCGACAGACUAUACAAGAGGAACACGGACCCUCCGGCUGUUGUGGACGUGAAUAAAUUCUACGAUGACAGGGCGUCGCCAGGUAUCGCUUCGGAAACACAACCGGUGCAGGACCCGAGGAAUUUCUACAAGGAGGAGGUUCAGGUGUACGAGCUUACGGGUGGUGUCGAAUUGGUACCUUUGUUAACCAGCAGACGCCAUCAGUCGUAUCCGCAGACCAGGCGCUACCUCGCCACGGAUGCCACUCGUCCGGGAUACACGAUAGAAUCGUUUCGCGCGCUCGGUGUUGGCAAUCGAGAAUACAUCGCGGAUCUCGCCGAGCAAAUACGUCGUAAGCGGGACAGGGCGUUGGAGGAACGGCGGAUCGAACAGGAGAGUUGUCGUAGGCACUUCGAUACUUGGAAAAGGCUAUGGGGUAGACCGGGCCACGGUGCCCCCAUAGAUCACGCGCGGCGGAACAAUCUCUACAACAUCCUCCAUCGACCGGCUAUCUAUUGAAUUUCCCUGUAAAGCGUUUCGCCUUCGAGCGAGCGUAAAAGGCGGAGGUGACUCCGUCUCUCUACAAAAUGCCGCCUUUUAUUAUACGAAAGGAGUGGAGGCUAUUAGAUACUGGCGACGAAACGCGAGAUAGGGAGUAUCGUUUCCACAGGGGAUGGUAGCUGGGCAUAAUGCAUAAAUAGCUUUCAGUUCUUCUUCGCAGGAUGAUCGCGUGCCCGAUGUGCAUAAUAUCAUCCCUCAUUGAAUGCAGAUUAAAAUCUCUUAUGUGAACCGUUUAUUUUCAAAGUCACGUAAAUCAAGUUGUGUAACGUAUGCAGUGUAACUAAAAUUUGGGUGCAAUGUUUGAUUCAUCGGUCUUAAAUAAGAUUUUAACGAAGAUUAUUUACAUUAUUUUCAAAAUAAGCUGUUCAUAUAGUGCAUAUCAGAAAUAUACAUAUUAAAAGAAAAAUGUAUAGUAAUGAAAAUUAUAAUUUUUAUUGAAAGUAUCUUUCAACGUUGCUAAUAUUCAAUAUGUAACUACGCUGCGUAAUUAUAAAAUCAAAUGUUGCGAAGGAAAAAGGUAGUCAAAGAUUGUAUAAGAGGCAGUAGAGUAUUAGAAAAAAAAUAUGUUUUUUUUAGCGUCGGCGUCCUUUGUUUCUUAUGAACCGACUUGACAUGAAAAAGCGAAGAGUAUAUCGAACAACCUAUUAAAUUUCAUGAAAGCCUUGCAAGAGAGUGAAGGGCAGCUUGAUAAACCAGGACUAUGAGUGCCGCCGCGAUUGACCAGACCUCAAAGGAGCAAUCUCGUGAGAAUCUAGUUGCUGUAUGCGGGUCGAUAGGUUUUAAAUUUCAUGAACACCAAGGAACGGCCAUUUGAAUAUAUGUAUGUAUAGGUGCAUGUGAUAACGCGCGCAGUACCCGUGAAAGAAACGUUUCUCAUCAUCAGUCAUCGUGUCGCUGAAAUCUGGCUACAUGUUACUUCACUUUUCUUAUCUUUAUCUAAAGGAAAUUCAUGUAAUUUAAAUCUCUUGACUUAGAAAACGCUUGUAAAACAACAACUUGGAACGUUCGUUUAACAUUUUAGAGUUAAGUAAAGUAUACUAAAAUGUCGUUUUAAAAUGCGUACGUCAGUACUUAUUUUUAAAAAUUUAGACGCAAAAAUUUAGUCGUUAAUAAAAGCUUUUACUGAAUUUAUUAAAAAUUUACACACGGAAAUUUAAUAACUAACAAAAGUUCACUUUUGUUUCACAAUCAGUCGUCAUAUUUAAGCUGGUAUUAAAGUUACGUUAUUAUAAAACGAAAGCAAUAUUUAAGAAAGAAAAUUCCGUUAUGAUUAAAUGAAGAAGAAAAAUGUAACAUUCUUUUGGCUUUGAUUCUGACUCUAUGUAUAGAAGUAUAGAAUAUCAGAGAUAAUUCUAUUCUGCUCAUUAAUAACUUAAAAUUUUUUAAUACGUUUUGUUCGUAGUUGUUGUAAUUAAUUAAUGCUCAUGCGUUUGCAAGGCAAUGUAAUUUCGGAUAAGCACGCUGUUGUGUUUGCGGCGGUGAGAUGCAUUUUUAACGAUGCGGCUUGAUGACGUAUAAAAACGUAUAUAAAAUGGUUUCAGCAAUUGUUCAAAUUUUUCUGAAAACAUGUUUUAUGAUCUUAAAUAUUAUAU